GACAUGCAGGCUGGCAAGACAGCUCUCAUUUACGCAGCCUCCGCUGGGCACACUGAGAUCACGCGCAUGCUGGUGGACGCUGGGGCUAACAAAGACUUGCAGGACAUGCAGGCUGGCAAGACAGCUCUCAUUUACGCAGCCUCCGCUGGACACACUGAGAUCGCCCGCAUGCUGGUGGACGCUGGCGCUAACAAAGACUUGCAGGACAUGCAGGCUGGCAAGACAGCUGUCAUUUACGCAGCCUCCGCUGGACACACUGAGAUCGCCCGCAUGCUGGUGGACGCCGGCGCUAACAAAGACUUGCAGGACAUGCAGGCUGGCAAGACAGCUCUCAUUUACGCAGCCUCCGCUGGGCACACUGAGAUCACGGACAUGCUGGUGGACGCUGGGGCUGACAAAGACUUGCAGGACAUGCAGGCUGGCAAGACAGCUCUCAUUUACGCAGCCUCCGCUGGACACACUGAGAUCGCCCGCAUGCUGGUGGACGCCGGCGCUAACAAAGACUUGCAGGACAUGCUGGCUGGCAAGACAGCUCUCAUUUACGCAGCCUCCGCUGGACACACUGAGAUCACCCGCAUGCUGGUGGACGCUGGGGCUGACAAAGACUUGCAGGUUGCCCGUCUUCUGGGUGCUGGUGCAGGGUGGCAAGACAGCUCUCAUGCAUGCAGCCUCCGCUGGUCAGGCUGA